AGUGAAUACACCGUAAAUUUGAAUGCUCAUCCGGAACCGGACUCGAAUAUCGCAUUAAGCGGUCGUGUCGUUGUGAGAAUUAUUGACCGUUGGAUUGUGGCCAUUGGUGAUUCGUACGCAUCCGGUGAGGGGAAUCCGGAUGUUCCGAUUGUAGCAUCAAAAUCAACAACAGCUAAAUGGAUUUCAGGUUAA